AUACCCACAGCGACACUUUGUCUUUGUUUGUUGACUGUGUUGGACACAACUGUUUUCUUGGGGACUUGCUCACUGGCUAAAGGUUUCGACGAGGAUGCUUUCACCAUCCAGCACGGGAGCACCAGACAGUGCCUGGCUGCAGCGGCUUCGGCAGACUUGACUCUCGCCUCCUGUGACCCAAACAGCAAGUCCCAGUUGUGGAAGUGGGGUUCAGGUCACAGGCUCUUCCAUGUGGACAUGUCUCUCUGCUUGGCAUUAGACGUCCGCACUAAGACGUUAUCCCUGAUCGACUGUGGCGCCAACAACCUGUUGUUUUGGCAAUGCCUGGAUGGGGCUGUUUUCACUGUUUAUCAGAUGGGCCUGGCGGUCAGUGAUGGCAAAGUCGUCACUAAACGGGACUCUAAUGACACUUGGGUUAGAGGGGGAUCCCAGGACAGCAUCUGCAAGAGGCCGUAUCGCGUCGUCCACACCACUGAUGGGAACGCAGCCGGCUCUCCCUGUGAGUUCCCCUUCAAAUUCAACGGCAGCUGGCAUCAUGGGUGCCUCCCAGAUGCAGAUUUUCCUGGACUGUCCUGGUGUGCCACAACAUCGGACUACGCCCAGGACAGAAAGAAGGGACACUGUCUAACACCUGAGGAGGGAUGCCAGACUCUGUUUGCUGGGCCGGAAGGGGGCUCCUGCUAUGAGUUUGUUUCCAGUGCCGCGGUGACCUGGCAGGAGGCUCUGGAUUCAUGUCGUAGUCAGGGAGCUGAUCUGCUGAGUGUGACUGGGCCCGAAGAUCUCAACUCCAAAACCUUAUUGGAGGGCCUUGACAGAAUGCCGGAGCGGAUGUGGAAUGGCCUUAACCAGUUAGACACGUCUCAUGGCUGGCAGUGGUCUGAUGGUUCCCCUCUCUCUGUCCUGCGCUGGGAAACAGGAAUGCCAUCCACCUCUCUGCUUAUUGAGUCAGACUGCGGAGUCCUGAACUCUAAACAAAACUAUGAAUCUGCAUCGUGCAACAAACGGCUGCCCUACAUUUGCAAGAAGACCGUCAAUGCCUCAGCCACAGCACCAACAGAGUCUUUUGUAUACAAAGAAACAGUGUGUGCAGACGGUUGGGUCCCGUGGAGUGGCUGGUGUUACAAGUUAGUCAAGGACAAACCUGGAAACUUUACAGAUGCCCAGAUGCACUGUAACCACAUCGAGGGAGCAGGGAAGGGCUAUCUGGCCAGCUUCCACUCCAUUGACAGCAAAGAGAUGAUCAACACGAACUUCCAUGCAGAUGGCCAACUGUUGGACGUUUGGAUCGGUUUGAUUGGUAGCGGCGUGAACCCCACUGUCUUCAAGUGGCUUGAUGAGACACCUGUCACUUUCACCUACUGGGACCAAAACCAACCAAUCCAGCCCGUUCUGGAUACCACCUGUGUCUUCUACUCUGGAGAGUCUCAUGGUUGGCGGGUUGGGAACUGCACAGAGAGGUUACCUUUCAUGUGCCAGAAGAAAGGAGAGGUCAAGGAAUCAGUGACACAGCCUGGAUGUAGCUUUGAAGAUGGUUGGAGGAGACAUGGCAACUCGUGUUAUCAAGUAAACACCGAACUAGUAUCCUUCAAAGACCGCUGCAAUGUCACGAUAAGAAACAGGUUUGAGCAGGCCUUUAUCAGCCGUCUGCUGAGGGAGCAGAUAGGCAAAGAUCCUCAGUAUUUCUGGAUAGGUCUGCAGGACAUUAAGAACACGGGGGAGUACCAGUGGUUGAGCCAGGAUGGUUCCUCGAGUGUUGUUACAUACACCAACUGGGGCUGGUUUGAACCAGAUCCGGCUGGACGCUGUGCAGCCAUUUCCAUCGCAAAACCCCUGGGCAAGUGGGAGGCGAAGAACUGUACCGUUUUUAAGGCCGGCACCAUUUGUAGAAAAGACCUCAGUCCACCCCCAUCCCCAGAACCAGAGCCGAACCCCAACGCAACCUGUCCUGAUGGAUGGGUGUCCAGACCAAACAUCAAAUACUGCUACAAGGUGUUUCAUGAGGAGAGGCUGAGCAGGAAACGCACCUGGGAGGAAGCUGAGAGGUUUUGUCAGGAGCUGGGAGCCAACCUGCCCAGCUUCACAAACAGCGGUGAGAUGAGGGCCCUGCACAGUAUUGUGAGAGAGAGCAUCAGUGAUAGCCGGCACUUUUGGGUCGGCCUGAACAGGAGAAACCCAACCGAUCGCUCUUGGCAGUGGAGUGACGGCCAGCCUGUAUCUAUGGAAAUUUUACACACAGAUUUCCAUGAGGAUGAUGCAUACAGUCGGGACUGCACUGCAUUCAAGACAAUGAAGAGCACCUUGACACACCUGUUAGUGUACCUGCUGCAUGACGUACCUCCCACGCCUUUCUACGCCACACCGUUUCACUGUGACGCCAGGCUGGAGUGGGUCUGCCAAAUACCCCGCGGAAAGACACCCAAGAACCCGGACUGGUACAAUCCCGGUGGACACCAUGAGACAUCUAUAUUCAUCGAUGGAGCCGAGUUUUGGUUUGUUAAGGAGCCUAAGCUAGCUUUUGAGGAAGCAAAGCUCUUCUGCAGUAUGAAUGACAGCAAACUGGCUUCACCACUCAGCUCAACUGCUGUCUUAAAGAUCCAACAGUACCUAAAAGAGAUGUCGACUUCUCCCAAGCAAAGUUGGUGGGUCAAUUUGAAAGAGCCCGGGCGGAUAUUCCCCAUGACGUACACCCAGCUGUACCUUUACCACUCAGUUUUCCUGGGCAGAUGCACCUCCAUCAGUCCUGAAAUUUUCUUUCCACAAUAUGAGGGCAGUUGCCAACAGAAAUUGUCCUUUGUGUGUGAGAGACACAACACCACGUCAGUGGAGAAAAACCCUCUGGAGCCUCGGCCUGGAGGACUGCCCUGUGGAAAUGGAUCUCUGUCCUUCAGAAAUAAGUGCUACACAGUAAUGACGAGCUUGAAGCCUGUGCCCUUCAAGUAUGCAGGUGAAGAAUGUCAGUCGGUGAGGGGAACCCUGGUCUCUAUAUCAGAUCAGGUGGAGCAAGACUUCAUCACCACCCUUUUGCCAAGCAUGAGAAACAUGGAAAGGAUAUGGAUUGGUCUGAAAAUCAAACGUGACGUCCCUCAAUGGGCGGACGAGUCCCCAGUUAACUACCUUAACUUCAACCCCCUGCUGCUGGGCAUGCACAGAGCCAUAAAAGUCACCUCAUUGGAUCUGGCGAGUAUGGAAUUGUGUGUGUUUUUGAUCAAUAACCCCAACUCUGCCAUGCUGGGUACCUGGGACUAUUCUUCCUGCACACAACACCAAAAUGUGGCCAUUUGUCAGCACUAUGCAGAUAAAGUGGAGGAACGCCACAUCCCCACAGAGCCCUUCAGCGUCAAUAACCACACCUUCCUGCUGCUCGCCAAAAAUCUCACCUGGUUUGAGGCUUUAGAGCAGUGCCGAAGUAACAACAUGGACCUGGCGAGUGUGGCCGAUACCUUCAUGCAGUCCACCCUGACUGUGCACGUGAGCCGUGCACGCACACCCAUGUGGAUCGGCCUCUUCAGUGAAGAUGAUGGGAUCCACUACCGCUGGACCGACCACAGCCACACUGUGUUCAGCCGCUGGUCUUCCGAUGUCACCAGUGGCUCCUGUGUCUAUCUGGACACGGAUGGCUUCUGGAAAGUCACCGAGUGCGAUGAGGAACUGGGAGGAGCGAUCUGCCACAAACCACACGAAGAGAUCAUCACCACACCAGAGGAUGUUGCAGUGAAGUGCCCCCAUAAGAUUAACGGUCCAAACUGGAUCCCCUUCAAGAACAACUGCUACUCCUUCCAGCUGGUCGCCACCAGAUGGGAGCAGUUUGACCAAGGCAAGAUUCAGGACACCUGCAAAAACCUUCAUGCAGAUGCAGACAUCCUAACCAUCCGAAAUGCAGAAGAGAACGAAUUCAUUAAGCAGCAGCUUGUACCGUUUCACAGCUUGGUCCGCUUUGUCUGGCUCGGGCUGUUCAAAGAUGAAAACGACAACCAGAUGAAGUGGUAUGAUGGCACAAAUGUCCAGUACUCCAACUGGGCAAAUGGCAGGCCGGAUGUAGAUAGACCGUUCCUGGCUGGUCUCACUGUUGCCGGCAACUGGAUUCUCAUCUCAAACCCAAAAUUUUACACAGACUUCAAACAAAGGAGCAUUGUGACCUGCAAACUGGACAACGAGCCAAAACAGGAGUACAAUAAGUCAUCCAUGGAUUUUCAGCAUUACGGCAACUUGACUUAUGAAGUUGUAACUCGUAAGUUAAAUUGGCACCAGGCUCUGAAAGAGUGUGAUCAGCGUGGAGGCCACCUGGCGAGCAUCCACGAUGUACAGCACAGUGCACAUGUGAACCUCAUCGUCAAGACAGACGGCUUCCCACUGUGGAUCGGCCUAUCCAACCAGGAUGUCAGUGGCUCGGCUUUUGAGUGGUCUGAUGGAACGAGAUUUGACUACAAAGCCACCAUCUCUGACUCACAGGAUGGCUCCAGCUCAAACAAACAAGAAGCCAGCUGUGUUUCUGUAACCCCUGCUGGAGCCUGGGUAAGGACCAGCUGCAACACGCUGGUAGACGGCGCCCUCUGCUACACCACCACCAUCACCACACCUUCCCAGAGAGCCAGACUGCAGGUUACCCCAGAGGCUAAUCACUGCCCUGAGAGCAACGUUGGGGCCACGUGGGUGCAGCAUGAGGAUCACUGUUACGCCUUCGACAUGAAUUUCUACAACUACAGCGUGUACAGCAUGGAGCGGGCCAGGAGCAUCUGUCAGAGCAUGGAUGCUCAACUACUGACCUUAAAAACCAAAGAGGAGAGCGACUUUGUGUCAAAGCACAUGUUUGAUGACCAUCUCAUCACCAGUCGAGUGUGGCUCGACAUGGAGCUCGAUUCUCAAGGUAAGCCUGUAUCGUGGCAUGAUGGCUCGGCUCUGGCUUACUCUAACUGGAAGUCUGAGACUGAGGUUACUUGGAAGAAUUCGGAGCCCCACUGUGCCGUCAUGAUGGCAGGAGACAAAGGAAUCUGGAAACUUGUCAGCUGCAGCAACAGCCUCAGUCGUGUCGUCUGCAAAACUGAAGCAAAGUCUGGAGGCUCUCAUGUGGCGCUGGGUCUCUUCAUUGUGGUCGUCCUCGCUCUCCUUGCAGUCGCUGGCUUUAUCAUCUAUAAGAAGAAAAGAGCUCACUUCUCCUCUACUGUCCGCUACAAGAGGACUUUUGAUGACUCGGAUGGCACCAGUAUCAUAACAGACGCUGACUGAGCUCGCCUAAAUAAUCCGCCUCAGGGAGUAUUGAUGUGCCUUGUGUGCAUGUGAGUACUUAUCAGCAAGAGCAGAUACAGCCUUCCCCUUUUUUAAAUUAUUUAUUUAUCCUGCUCGAACCUGCAAACUUUCUAAAAUGAUGUUUAAACUGUAAAUAUUGUUAGAGAAGUGUGAAUAUUCGCCAAUACAGUUUCUUAAUUUGGGUUAUUUUAGAUUGUUUAUCGAGAGCCCAGUGUUAUACCGAAUGUAAAUACUGGGGCUGAUGCUGUCUGGUAAAAGUUGACCAGUGACAUUAGUGGGAUGUUAAGAGUUCCAUUAUUUGUUUUUUUUAUAUUUUGAAUUGAUUUAUAGAAAUAUAUAACCCGAUAAAAAAACUCCCAUUCAACAUUACAACUGGGGUUAAAUUGCACUGAUGUAUGAAUGUCUCCAUAGUAUCAGAAACUAAACAUCCACUCAUAAUUUUAAAAUGUAAUUACCAUUACUCAAUCUAUUCCAGUUUUCAACUUUUGAUUUCCACACAGUUAAAAUUAAUGGAUUAAUUAAUAGACUUUUAAUGGGCCAGUUCACCUGAAAAUACAGCAAAACCUGUUUUUUCUUUGACUUGCACUGUCACACAGUGUAUAUCACUCAGAAUAAUGCCAAGACUUCACUGUCAAUAGAGUUGGAGCUAAUUCGCUACCAAAGUAUGACCCAUAACUGUUUACAAGGAAAAGUAAGAAACUAAAGACUGUGGCUGUUAUGUAAACAUUUGAUUGUAUUUCAUUAGAGAUUUUUGCUGUUGAGUUUUUUUACGUUGAGCUCCAAUUUGAUGGCCUGAGCAACAGCCAGUGUUGCCAACUUGAUGACUUUCUUGCUAGAUUUAACUUUUCAGACCCUCUUAGCAACUUUAUUUCUAAAAGAGCGACUUGUGACAAAUUUAUGUUGUGUUCCACCACCAAAGUUGGAAAUUUCGAGUGGAGCAUUCCCCAAAGUUGGAUUACCAAAUCGCAGCAGUAGCAGCAGUAGUAAAAGCUGCAGUAAUAUUUAGUUAAAUUUAUUGAAAGGAUAACCCCUUGAGAUAUAUCAUCUAGUUGUCGAGGGAGUCCUCAUCUCAAACAAACAGAAAGUGUUUAUCAGCAACUUCUGUCUCAUUUAUAUUUCACUAAAACAGUAAUACACACAGUUUUGAUGAUUUUUGAUGACAUACUAUAUAACAUGACUUUUUUUCAUGAUUUUUGAUGACAUCCUAUAAUAUGACUUUUGUCAUGAUUUUGAUGACAUUCUGGACUAUAACUUAACUCACGAUUUUUGAAGACAAUAUACUAUGACCUUUUUUCAUGAUUUUUGAUGACAUACUAUUCUAUGACUUUUAUCAUGAUUUUCAAUAACGUACUAUACUAAGACAUUUUUUUUUCACGAUUUUGUCCAACAUCGUUCUGUGGACAUGUUGCUACAGUGUAUGUGCAAAAUACAGUGUAUUGCGCUGUGAUCAAUUGGUAUUGCUAACUAUGGCUAAGCUGGCUUGGACUGGUAUGGCUAACAUCUUGGUUUUUACAACUUGUUGUACUGGACUGGGUGUGACCUCCAAGGUGAUGGACUGUAGCAUUAGUGAGUAAUUCAGACCAUCAGGAAAAAAGAGAAAUAUAGUGUGCUGCUCAUUGAAUCCCAGUCCAUGGCUCUACAUCAUCAGCGUGGGGUCUCUCCCACGCUGUUCUCUCCUUUGUUUAAUAGGUGGGGGGCAGGUAGGAGGUCAGUUGCAGUGAGUUUCUGUGGUUUCUGGGGUUAAGUUGACACUCUGAAUUGGAAGCACUAGAAAGUGGUGCACUAUAGUAAAAGCACCAUAGCUCUCAGGCCAUUCAAAUUUCCUACGAAAUCUAAUUCAGCAAUUAAAAGUCAUUUAUGUGCGAUGAUGUCACAAAUAUGCAAAUGAGCAUAUGUCGCCAACUAGCGACAUUUAGCAGCUACUGGAGCGAGUGCAAGCUACAUUCAUUAGAAAGGAGUUGGAAACAACUGAUAAAUCCAAACUUCAGAAAAUCCCAUAAAAAACUGUAAAGAGGUUGUACUCUGGUUAAAAAAAACAUUGGUAUUUGUAGUUGGUAUGUGCCUUUUAAAAAGUAAGAAAAAACAGGGAUUGAUGAAAAUCUCACUGACUGUGCCUUUAAACAUCACUGCUUGAGAAGAAAUGGGAGUAUUAAAUCGUUUGGAUAGGGUUAUCUUUAGUGUAUUUUCUUGUUCAGUCAAUACGCAGCUAUACUUAAAUGAUGAAAGAAACAUCUUAAAAGUCCUGCUGAUCAGUUUUAAAGACGUAGGACACCGUCUUAGCCUCAAAAUGAUUCAGACGUGUUUGUAUAAUUUAUGUUGAUCUGACUUUUCUAUGCACUUAACUACUGAGCAAGAACGCACUUUAAUAAUGUCGUGAAGCUGCAGUUGCCACUAUGUUUAAGCACAACGAGCUUUGGAGAGGUUUUUUUUUCGUUUUUUUUCGAGAGAGAGAGAGACAUUCAAAUUGCACUUGCAUUUGCUGUGAAUGCGUUGUAAAUAUGUUUUAUAGCUGAGAAUGAACCAAAGAUGCUCUGAGUCGUUUGAAUGUCAAAAGCCUGAGCUUUCCUUUCACUUUUUGGAAUCAAUACGGCUUGUUAACACAUUCGUAUCAAGUUUUACACCAAAUGUUAGUGUAGGUGUUAGUGUGGGUGUUUUUGUUCUGUUUUUUUUUAAACUUUUCUGUUAUUCCUAAACAGACCAAGCUUAAAUAAGGUACAGUGUCCUUCCAAUAAAAUUUUCUGUCUUCAAAAAA